AUGCGAAUGAUCGUAGGGGGCACAGCUGCAGCCGGAUCAUCCAAGAAAGCCCGCAAAACCUACCUUAGGAUGGUCCAUAGCGUCCAACUCACAGGAUCCGUACCAAAGAUGCCGCGAAUAGAUAACCCCGUCAUAAAAUUUUCGGAGGAUGACGCUCGGAGACUUUACCAUCCUCAUGACGACGAGCUAGUAGUCACCCUGCAGAUUGGGGAUUAUAACAUGCAUCGGGUCCUCGUCGACAACGGCAGCUCAACAGACAUCCUGUACUAUCCAACAUUCCGGCAGAUGAGGAUUGACAGGGAACGAUUAUCCCCAACGAACGCCACACUCGUAGGAUUUGGGGGUACGAAGGUGUUCCCUUUGGGCGCAAUAACGAUAGCUGUGACGGCGGGUGACUAUCCUCAGCAGAUCACGAAGGAGAUAACGUUUCUCGUAGUCGACUGCUCGUCCGCCUACAAUGCCAUCCUCGGGCGACCCACCCUCAAUUCUUGGAAGGCGGUAACUUCAACAUACCACCUAAUGAUCAAAUUCCCGACGGAAUAUGGGGUAGGAGAACUACGGGGAAACCAAGUAGCAGCACGAGAAUGCUAUAUCGCCAUGUUAGAGAUGGAGGAUCAGCAGCAGACGAUGUGUAUCGGGAAGCAGCGAGCAUUAGCAAAGCCGGUUGAAGAGCUAGAAGAAGUAAGACUUGACGACACACGGCCUGAACGGACGACUAAAAUCGGCAUACUAGCCAGUUGGCCAAUACGCCAGAUGAUCACGACUUUCCUAAGAAAUAACCAAGACGUCUUCGUCUGGAAUCAUGAAGACAUGCUGGGAAUCGACCCCUCGGUCAUGGUCCACAGAUUGAAUGUGUCGCCCUCCUUCCCUCCAGUUCGGCAAAAGAAACGAGUCUUCGCCCAGGAGCGGGAUAAGGCCAUAGCCAAGGAAGUUCGGAAGUUGCUGGAGGCAGGUUUCAUCCGGGAAGUAUACUAUCCCAACUGGCUGGCGAACGUCGUUAUGGUGAAAAAGGCCAGCGGGAAUUGGCAGAUGUGCGUAGACUUCAUAGACCUCAACAAAGCUUGCCCCAAAGACAGCUACCUGCUUCUACGGAUAGAUACCUUGGUGGAUUCGACUGCAAGACACCAGCUCUUAAGCUUCAUGGAUGCUUUUUCUGGCUACAACCAGAUCAGGAUGGACGAAUCUGAUCAGGAGAAGACCUCCUUCGUCACAAGCCAGAGAUUAUUCUGCUACAAGGUCAUGCCUUUUGGACUCAAAAAUGCUGGAGCAACAUACCAGAGGCUAAUGACCAAAAUGUUUGCACAUCAGAUUGGCAAGAACGUUCAGGUUUACGUUGAUAACAUGUUGGUCAAAAGCAUGCACGAAGAGGAUCACCUAAACGACCUCAGAGAAACAUUCGAUACACUUCGAUCAUUCAACAUGAAGCUGAAUCCGAACAAGUGUGCAUUCGGAGUAACGGCGGGAAAAUUCUUGGGUUUCAUGGUAUCCUAG